AAUAUUCAAGAAGAAAAAUCAAUAAUAUUAAUAUUCCAUUUAAUCAAAGAAAAGAAUUCUUUAAUACUAGUUCAUUAAGACAAAACGUAAAUUUAAAUAAUAUGGUUGCAAAAAUUGUCGUACGUCCUUCUAAAGAACGUGGUUAUGCAAAUCAUGGGUGGUUAGAUACUCAUCAUACAUUUUCUUUCGCCGAUUAUUAUGAUCCAAAUUAUAAAAGUUUUGGCGCAUUACGUGUAAUUAAUGAAGAUAUCGUACAACCAAAUAAUGGUUUUGGAACACAUCCACAUCGUGGAUAUGAAAUUUUCUCGUAUAUUAUUUCCGGCGAAUUGCAACAUAAAGAUUCAAUGGGAAAUGUAGAAAUUCUUAAACGUGGUGAUGUUCAAUUCACAACAGCUGGAACAGGAAUCUCGCAUUCUGAAUAUAACAUUAAUAAAAUUCAUCCUGUUCAUUUUCUUCAAAUCUGGGUUUCGCCUGAUGACAAGAAUCUUACUCCAGCUUAUAAUACGAAAACGUAUCCUGAUUCUCUUAAAACCAAUAAUUUAACUCACAUAAUUUCCCCGGCAUCCGAACAAGAUUCGAAGACAAUUGGAAUUCAUACAGAUUUUCAUAUGUUUGCCAGUAUAUUACAACCUGAAAAUAAAGUUGCACAUACAGUUCAAGGAUCUUUAGGUGGUGGAGAUAAAACUAGAAGGUUAUAUGUUCAUUUAACUAGUACAGGUGGUCAAUUAAAAGUUAAUGAUGGUACCAUAUUGAAACCUGGUGAUGGAGCUUUCAUUACCGAAGUUGUUAGUGGUGAAGAAGUUAUUUUUGAAUCUACCGGUGAAGAAGUUGCAGAAUUUGUUCUUUUUGACUUGGCUUAAAUGUGAUCUCUCAUUU